AUGAUCCUCUUGGUUGCCGCCAUAAUUUCCCUCUCCUACUACGCCAUCGUUGUGGUGACUUGGGGCCCGGAGCUGCUCAGCGGCGGGCUCCACUCUUUUCUAGCCUUCUUCAUCAUCAUUAUGUUCCACUUUCUGCUUAUAAUGUUAUUGUGGAGCUACUUUAUGGUUGUCUUUAAAGACCCGGGUUCUGUUCCCGACAAUUGGAAACCCCUAACAGAGGAAGAAGUUUUGGAGGCUGGUAGUUCUCUGCCUUUGUCAGAAAGUAUAGAACCCGAGGCUUUCACUUCCACACACUCUGCAGAUGGACGAGAAAGAAGACCACAAGUAGGAUAUUGUAGUCGAUGCCAAAACGGCAAGCCACCACGAUGCCAUCAUUGCUCUGUUUGUCAAAGAUGUGUACUUAAGAUGGAUCACCAUUGUGUUUGGGUGGUGAAUUGUGUUGGUGCACGCAACUACAAGUUUUUUCUUCUUUUCUUGCUGUAUACAUUUCUGGAGACGACAAUGGAUACCUUCAUUUUGCUACCAAAUUUUAUCGAUUUUUUCUCUGAAGCCAAGAAUCAUUCAACAUCCCCUGGCAAUCUUGCAGUUAUUUUUUUGACUUUUGUGCUUAAUUUAGCCUUUGCAUUGAGUCUUCUUUGUUUCGUGGUUAUGCAUGUGUCCCUUCUGUCAAGCAACACCACUACCAUAGAGGUUCAUGAGAAGAGAAGAGGAAUCAGAUGGAAGUAUGACUUGGGCAGGAAGAAGAAUUUUGAACAGGUUUUCGGCAUGAAGAAGGCACUAUGGUUCUUCCCACUGGUCUCAAAGGAGGAUUUAAACAACAUACCUGCUCUUCGGGGCCUGGAAUUUCCAACACUUUCCGAUAGUGAGGGUUGA